UCAUUUCAUAAAACACCUGCUCAUUUACUUCAGGCAGGAAACACUUGUCAGUUGUGGAUUGUAUCACUCCCACUGCAAGCAGCUGCGUUUCAUGCAGCAGAAACCACUAUGGGAACAAAUUUAAGUUCACCUGAGGGCUUAGCCAACAACCCAGAACAUCUGGCAAGACUGCAAAGAAAUGAAACUCCUUUCAGACUCCUCACAGUACGAGUAAUGAGAGCCAGAAAUAUCCACAAGGCAGAUACCUUGACUGAGUCUGAUUGCUAUGUGACUCUAUGGCUUCCAACUGCUUCAAGUGAAAUAGCCCGGACCAAAACUAUCCCCAACUGUAAAGAUCCAGUGUGGAAUCAUGCCUUCUGCUAUAGGAUUGACAGUCGUGUAAAGAAUAUAAUACAAAUGAAAAUCUGGGAUGAAGAUUACAUUACCAAAGAUGAUGAGCUCUUCUCACUUUGCUUUGAUGUCGCUAAACUGCGUAUUGAACAAACAAGUCGUGUGAGCUUCAAAUUGGAUCCACAAACAAAUGAAGAACUGGAUGUAGAGUUCACACUACAAACCAUUCCACAUCGUCCCGAAAACAUCAUUACAAAUGGAACACUAGUGUCACGAGAAAUUUCAUGUCUGGAGGUUCAAGUGGAUAUUGGGAAGCUGAAGCAAGAAUAUACACAAGGGGAUCUGAUACUUACAAUCAAGGGUUCCUAUGAGGAAACACAGAAGAUUUCGAUGGCUCCUGACAGCAGCCUUAGCAACAGAAAUUCCAUUGAGUUUCACUGUAUCAAGAAUAAUCAAUCAUGUCUAGAGGUCAUACUGCCAAAGAAGACACUAUGGUCAAAGUUGACUUCAUGCACAGAGAGGGCAAGAAGUAAUGCUUCUGUGACUUUGCCGUUGACUGAGCUUCCCAUACAUGAGAAAAUAAGCAUAGGAGAGGACAAAACAUUUGAUUUGCAUGUGAAGGCAAGAGACUGGCAGAGAGGUCUAGAUGUACGCUUGUCAUCUGACUUGUGUGUCGAGGAGCAAAAUUUCCUAAGCAAGAGAAGGAAAUAUGUUGCUGCUGCUGUGAAGAAGGUGCUCCAACUAAAUGCAGAGCUACAGGAUGAUGAGGUAGGCCUCAGUAGUGAAAGGGGAGGUAAUCACAUCAUCCUUCCCCUCCUCCUCCUCUUCGUGGGCUCACUUCUCUUGGCUGUUCCUGUGCCUCAGGUGCCUGUAGUGGCAAUCAUGACAACAGGUGGAGGAACCAGGUCAUUCACGGCAAUGUAUGGAAGCCUCCUGGGUCUGCAGAAACUGAAUCUGUUAGACUGCAUCACAUACAUCACGGGUUUAUCUGGCACCACAUGGACUAUGGCAAAAUUAUAUGAAGAUGCUGACUGGUCACAAAAAUAUCUGGAGGAACCCAUUAAUGAGGCCCGGAAGCAAGUUACCAAAUCCAAGUUUAGCUGCUUUUCCAAGGAUCGUUUGAAAUAUUAUUAUAAUGAACUGGAACAAAGAACCAAAGAAGGAUACAAUACUUCAUUUAUAGACCUGUGGGGGCUUGUCAUUGAGUCCAUGAUACAUGAUAAGAAAGACAAUCAUAUACUUUCAGAUCAGCAAGCGGCUGUGACUGAGGGUCAGAAUCCUUUCCCCAUUUAUCUGGGUAUCAACCUCAAAAGCAACUACAGUGCUCAAGAUUUUAGAGAAUGGCUGGAAUUCACACCUUAUGAGGUAGGAAGCUUUAAAUAUGGAGCAUUCAUUCGUUCAGAGGAUUUUGGUAGUGAGUACUUCAUGGGACGACGGAUGAAGAAGCUCCCAGAAUCUCGGAUCUGCUUCAUGCAAGGGACGUGGAGCAGCAUAUUUUCAUUUGAUUUUAUGUUUUUCUGGAAUAUGGCCAAUAGCUCAGAAGACUUCUGGCAUAACUGGACAAGAGACAGAAUACAAGACAUUGAUGACUCUCUUCUACCUUCACCCCUUGAUAUAAAAACUCACCUGGUUGUGCCCCAAGGCCAGCUUUCCUCUACUCUCCGAGAUGUCUUAACAGGGCGCCCAACAAUGGCAGAGUAUCCCAACUUCCUGAAAGGCUUCCAGCUGCAUGAUGACUACUUGGGGAGUGAGGCAUUUUCUGCAUGGAAAGAUAGUGUGCUGGAUUCUCAACCUAACAGACUCAUGGAAACAGUGGAGACGGCUCUGUCUGUAGUAGAUAGUGGAUUUUUCAUCAAUACCAGCUUUCCACCCCUUCUGAGACCUCAGAGGAAAGUGGACAUUAUACUACAUUUAAAUUACAGUGGAGGAUCACAGACCUGGAAUCUGGACCAAUUUGCAGCAUAUGUCUCUGAGCUGGAAAUCCCCUUUCCCAAAACAGAGCUCAGUGAAGAAGACAGGAAAAACCUGAAGGAGUGCUACGUGUUUGAAGAUCAAGAUGAUGUUGCUGCUCCAAUAGUGCUCUUUUUCCCAUUGACAAAUGAUACCUUCAAAAAAUACAAAGCACCUGGUGUAGAACGCAGUCCCGCAGAUAUGGAAGGAGGCAAUAUAGAUGUCUCUGGUUAUUUUUCUCCAUUUUCCACAAGUCAAAUCGCCUUCUCAGAAGAGAAUUUUGACAGAUUGGUGAAAAUGACUGAUUACAACAUCCUGAACAACAAAGACAAGAUUCUUGAAGCCAUGCGGGCAGUUGUCGAACGGAAGAAACAGCAGAAGUCACAAUCACUAGGCUGCACGUUUUAAGGGACUAAAUGGUAGACUAAUAAAUAAAAGUUUUAAUUGAAAUUUAAAA